AGCAAACCCGAAAAGAGGUUGACUAUUGAUCAAAAAGCCCGAUGUCCACGCGGGGUAAAUUGUUUUGGUGAAACAGGAAUGUAUUUUGAUUGAAACCAUUGUUACAAGGACCCCUCAUUUGCGAAGUAAAUAGAAAAUUGAUGGCUUAAUCAUUAUAGAAUAUAAUUCAUUUAACCCGGGCUCAAAAGUGAAAUGAUCACAGACACACAACUUAACUCUCAAGGAAAGCGACUCUUGCUUAUUUUGCAUGGAAUUUCAGCCACUUUUUUUCGCCAUGUCUACUGAGGAGCCAAAGUUGUCGGUUCCUUCUGGAUUUAGGAAUUUGUUAGAAAGCUUGACGGUGGAAAUACUUCGAGUUCGACCUGAUAAUAUUCCUAGCUUUGCCGCAGAUUUCUUUCGUGAACGACUAGCAGCGAGGCAACGAAACGGUUACGAUGACUGCCUUCUCGGAUCUCAAAUCGACGGAUUUUAUAACUUUGAGCCGGACCGCCCGGGAAACUUCAAAGACAAGUCCAAGAAAGUUAAAGAGCAUGGGCAUUACGAGCCUGCACGUGCCAAACUCAAUGAUACAGCGGAUGGCAACAAUAAUUGUGGCGAGUCGAAGAAGCAGACAACAAGCGAAGAUGACGGCGAGAGGUGCGAAACAGCUGCAACCAAAAUCCAGGCGGGUUACCAUGGUUACACAUGUCGGAAGAAGAUAAAACACCAGAACGAGGCCGCUAUGAAAAUUCAAUCCCAGUAUCGCGGAUAUAAAGUACGAGCGAGACUGGUGAUGACAGAGAUUGAAAGGCAGGAUAAGGAUGAAGGUGAUUCGUUAUCUGCUCAGGAAGUAAAAGCUGCAACUCAAAUACAGGCCCAUUUUAGGGGGUACCAAACCAGGGCGCGACUUCAAGAAGGCAGCGGCGAAUCCAAAAAGGCGGGCAGUGACAGUCCUAAGAAGGUCAGCGGUGAACAGCGAAAGGCGUACAGUGUCAGCGGCGAGCAGCAAAAGGCGGCUACAGCAAUUCAGGCGGGAUACCGAGGGUAUCGCAGCAGGAAGAAGGUAAAGAAAGAGGUUGAGGCUUCUACAACUAUUCAGGCGGGCUUCAGGGGUUACAAGGUUCGUAAGGAGGCUAAAAAAAGAGAGGAGGCAUCUACCACCAUCCAGAAAGGGUACAGAGGAUACAGGGCGAGGCGGACCAGGUCGGAAGCGGCGAUAAGGAUACAGGCGCGCUACAGAGGAUAUGCGACUAGGAAGAAGAACAAGGCGUCACGCCCAGGUUCUGCUGGACAAACCAAAGGGCUUCUUGAACUGAAGGAGCCGGAGGAAGAAGUGAAUUUCCCGGUCGAUAGAGAAAUUAUGGAUGGACUGAUGACAGUCGGCGCGGGUGAAAAUAGGGCGUCUUUCAGCUUGCCGCCGGGAGAUGUGAAAUUUGAGGCGGAUCUAGACAGUGAUAGUGACACCGAUCUCGAUAAGAUUGUUAGUAAGAUCAAGCGUAGUCAUGCUGCCGAAGAGGAUGAAGACCAAACAGAUAACCAAGUGUAGGGUUGUUUACCAUUUAAUCGAAAAUUCCGGUGCUUCUGGUUAUUUCGUAAAUGGUACAGAUUCUUCCCACUGAAAAAUGUGUAAUUGCUUGAGAGGUAUUCCACUUUCACCGGGAAUACCAGAAACUCCGAAAAAUCGUGUACCAUUUACAGUUUUGUAUAGAAUAUUUGACCGAGGCCCCAAUCGGCCACUAUUCCCCAGAACCCUCAAAGUAGAAUUUCUGGGUACAGAAGCAAAUAGUACACAAGUCACCCCGGCAAUUCUGGAAUAUUAGAAACUUUUUCUUACCAUUAUGGCAGUCCGGAAAAACUGGGAUCUCAUCCUGAAAUUUCCGAUUAAAUGGUAAACAACCUAGGUUCCUGCGUGCAACCAGGAAUGCAGAGGUUUGCCCUGCGUGGGUAGAGAAAGGUCGCGGUGGAUUGGGGUCGAGGAAGGGAAAUACUUCGUAAAUACUCGUCCAAUAGAUGGGGAUGAGGGUUUUUUUUUUCCUGGUGGUAGGCAAGUUUACCAGCUGCUGUAAAACCGGACUUGUUAAGGUAUCAGUACGCCCGUGAGAGAUCGAAGGUACGACAAAACAAAAGAAUCGAGUACUCAUAGUCAAACUGACUUUCACAAAAAUUCCCGAAAACAAUAUAGCGAGACAAUUUUUGAAAACUGGAAAUCCCGAGUGUUCUAUCCGUUAUCUUCCAUCAACUAACUGAAAUAAUAUAGAUACCGUUGGUCGGUUAUGAAUACUGUAUAUACCAAUACCGUUUGCCGGUUAUCUAUCAGUCAUUCUUACCAAUCAAUCAAUCAGUCAUUCUCAUCAAUCAAUCAGUCAUUCUCAUUAAUCAAUCAAUCAGUCAUUCUCAUCAAUCAGUCAUUCUCAUCAAUCAAUCAGUCAUUCUCAUCAAUCAAUCAGUCAUUUUCAUCAAUCAGUCAUUCUCAUCAAUCAAUCAAUCUGUCGUUCUUAUCAAUCAAUCAGUCAUUCUCAUCAAUCAAUUAAUCUGUCGUUCGCAUCAAUCAAUCAGUCAUUCUCAUCAAUCAAUCAAUCAGUCAUUCUCAUCAAUCAAUCAAUCAGUCAUUCUUAUCAAUCAAUCAGUCAUUCUCAUCAAUCAAUCAAUCGACCGACCGAUCGAUGUUCAAUCAAUCAUCAAUCACGUAAUGAUCGCGGUAUUGGGCAGCUACAAAACAAAUGAAGAUGAUGACCCGAAUAUCAUAUUUAAUGAUUUUAUUUCAUUUUCUCUGCCUAUUUAAAAGCAUUUGCUCAAUAUGUUCCACUAAAACAUCGCACAAAACCUACGAACUGGACAAACCAAGAAGUUGGACCCGAGGGCGGUGCUUCCUUAUUCUAAAUAUCAUCCGACACAACAGAAAAUCCAAAAACUCAUCUUGGCAAAUACAGAACAAUUACAACUUGAAAAUACUGUCAUUGAUUAGACUUUAUAUAUAUAAAGACAUCGAGAGAAUAAACUAGUUCAUUUUA